AUGUUUUUUUUUAAUUUGUUCCCUCUAUUUGAGAAUCAGUAUUUUUAUCGUCAUAACUUUUCCUCUCCGUUCCCUCCUCUUUCUCUCUCUCUCUCUCUCUCUCUCUCUCUCUCUCUCUCUCUCUCUCUCGUUCCCUCAUCUUUCCUCCCUCUUCCUCUCGAGUUACAGCUCUUUCCAUUUUCUCUCCAUUUCGCACUUUCUCCUACUCGCCCUUUCCCUCUUUCCCUCUCUUUCUAUUUAUCCCUCUCUAUUCUUCUUUCUGUCUCGUUCUCUCUUUCUCUUUCUCUGUCAUCCUUCAUCUCUCUUUCUACUUCUUAUUGUCUCUCAUUCUCUCACCUUCUUUAUCGCUUUCUCUGUCUACCUCUUUUUGCUUUUUAUCUUCUCUCCCUUUAUCCAUCUCUCUCCCUCCCUGUCUCUCACCUACUCUUUCUCGUCCCUUUCCUCUCGCUAUCACCCUUUCUCCCACUGUAUUAUUUAUUCUUUCACUUCCUAUCUUUCACUUACCCUCUCCCUCUUUCUCUCUCUCUCUCUCUCUCUCUACCCUCUUUCUCUUUCCUAUUUCCUAUUCCUUUCUUUGUCUCUCCCUCUCAUCCUUCCACUUCUUUCUUCUCUUUCCCUCUCAAUUUUUCUCUCACUUUCUUCCCUCUCUUCUUUUUUUCUGGUUUUAUACCCUCUCUCUCACUCACUCUCUCUCUUGAUGUUUCUCCAUUUCUCUCUCUCUACUUCUCUCUGUCUUUUUCUCUCCCUCUCUUCUUUCCUCCAUCUGCCAUCCUCUUCUCGCUCUUUUCUCCUUUGCCCCAUUAA